AUGGCUGUCAUCGAAGAGAAACCCAUCCCGGCCGAUACAUCCAGCAUCGUUGUUGCUUCUGAUGCGGAGCAGGCUGGUGAUGCUGGCAGCAUCACUGAAGUCGAGAAAUCACGGCUUCGCCGCAAAAUUGAUUGGAUAAUCCUGCCUCCAAUUACGCUACUCUUCUUUCUGUCCUUCCUUGACCGAUCCAACAUCGGGAAUGCCAAGCUGGAUAACUUGACUGUUGACCUGCAUAUGACCGGGGAGCAGUACCUGGUCACAUUGUCGGUUUUCUUCAUAGGCUAUAGCGUCUUUGAAAUCCCGUCUAAUAUUGCUCUGAAGCUGACUUCGCCGCGAAUCUGGCUGCCAACGCUGAUGCUGGUAUGGGGAGUGGUGGCAACGCUGAUGGCCCUCUCGACUAAUUUCGGGGGAUUGCUAGCUGCAAGAUUCUUCCUCGGUGCGACAGAGGCAGGCGUGUUCCCCGGGGCCAUCUUUUAUCUGUCCAUGUGGUAUUCGCGGCGAGCUCUGGUGAGCCGGGUUACACUUUUCUUUACGUCGACAUCACUUGCGGGCGCCUUUGGUGGAAUAUUGGCUUAUGGCAUUGGGCACAUGAGUGGCGUUGCAGGGAAGCACGGCUGGUUCUGGAUUUUUGUUAUUGAGGGCUUGGUGACGGUCGUCGUCGCUGCGGCGUCUUACCUUUUUAUCCAAGACUUUCCAGCAGAAGCGAAAUUUCUCUCACAAAGAGAGCACAAGGUAUUGAAUGCUCUACUAGUCGAGGAUAAUGAUGCACUUCGCGAAGAACCCUGGUCUUGGGAAGAAGUGGGAAGAACAUUUCGCGAUAUCAAGGUCUAUUUGUACACGCUUACAUGGAUGGGCCAGGCAUUGCCACUGUACACCUUAACCCUCUUCCUUCCAACCAUUAUAGCAGACCUUGGCUAUUCCGCUGCGGAUGCGCAGUUGUUGACCGUGCCGCCGUAUGCAGUUGGAACUGUGAUAUCGAUCAGUGUUGCACUCCUGUCUGAACGAUACCAGGUCCGCGGUCCCUUCAUCUUCGCAUGCUGCAUCCUCUCAAUUAUCGGGUACAUCCUGCUCCUCUCUGAUCAAAAAGUCGGUGUUCAGUACCUCGGGACGUUCUUCGUUUGCGCGGGUAUUUUCCCAGCAGCAUCUUUGCUUUUUACCUGGGUAGCGUCCAAUGUCUCGGGUCAAGUCAAGCGUUGUGUAGCUGCAGCAAUCCAGAUUUCCCUUGGCGAUAUCGGUGCUGUAGUGGGGUGUCAGCUGUAUCGUCCUGAUGAAAGCCCAAGGUAUCCUCUUGGCCAUGGCAUGGCACUUGGUUUCGUGGUGGGCUCCUUGGUAGCAUCUGUGUGGCUAUGGCGUCUUCUUCUGAAUGAGAACAGAAGACGCGAUAGCAUUACAGGUGGCCCGCCAAAGGACCACUCGUAUCUUCGCAGCGAUGACUUCAAGGGCGAUGAUGACUUGCGAUGGAGAUUCAUUGCGUAG